UUCCAGUUAAAGACCCCAAUCUCCCAUAUUUCACCAUAAAAUAAGACAAGAUAUUUCCUGGUUAUUCGUAUCUCAGAUAAAAUCUUGCCCCGGCUUCAUUUUUUUCACUUUAUCCUAAGAUACUCUGCACAUGACAUCAAACAUUUCUAGUUUUCCCGCGCUCGCUCUCUUCACGUGACUACAGGGCUGGCCUUGCAUAUAUAUAGACGUGGUACUUAAAGUCUUCAAAAAUUUGACGCGCGGAUUUGACCACAAGUGGUUUGUUGAAGAGCGAACGACUUUCUAAAACAGAAAUGAGCAUUUUAGUAACAGCGAUAAGGUCAGGUAAUUUGGAAGUCGUGAAGGAGAAAUUUUCUCGACCGGGAAGCCAGGUCAAUACUCCCAUUCAGCAUGGACGCAGCCCACUUCACAUUGCAGUCCAAGCACAGAAGCUGGACGUCAUGAAAUACCUUGUCGGGAAAGGAGCCGAUGUCAACCUUGCUGACGAAGAUGAAUGUUCUCCGCUGUACUAUGCAGUCUUGAACGAGAACAAAAAUCUUGUCGAGUAUUUGCUUCAAAUGGGCGCAGAUCCUGACGGCGAGGAUCCAGAGGGAAAUAAACUGAUGGACACUGUUAAAGACGAGGCAAUAAAAAGCAUGUUGAAGAAUGUAUAGAAUUUAGGAAAACGUACAGUCGAACUUGAUGGAGCUAACUAACCAACCUUGGAUUGUAAAACGUGAACAAAUACAGUAGCACAGUGGAGGACAUUUUCGAUGCAUGUAUAUUGAAUAAUUAGAUUAUGAGCUCAAGAUUUCUAUCGCGUGAUAAAAAUCGAAAUCUAGUAGUCGUUCAAAACUUUGCCUAAACCUUCACAGCCACUUCAAAAAUGCAUAGAAGCGGCCGCUUUUUUGCUAACAGCCGCACACUGCUAAGCUACUCACAUUCGACUUAAUCAACUUAAUUAACAAUUAGAUUAUGAGCUCGAGAUUUAUAUCGC